AUGGAAGAUCAAUCUAUAAUAUCUCAAGAAGACAUGGAAGAUCACUUUACAUUAUAUCAAGACUCUAUGGAGGAAGAUCAUUCUGUAACAUCUCAAGAAGACGAAGACCAGAUCGACCCAGAAGACGAGGUGAUCAUCUCAUACUAUCUGAACAUGAUGAUUAACAACAGCAAAUCCUGGCCUCACCACUUCCUCGAAGACGAAGAAGCAAACGUGUACAACCUGAAUCCAGCAUGUUCCUUCAAUACUCCGGGCUCUGACUACUGCUUCGUCUUCGUCAAACGCAGAAACGAUUCUUGCGGUAAAACCGAUGGAAGUGACUCUGGUUGCUGGAGGGUCAUGGCCCGUGAUAAACUGAUCAAGAGCAAGGAGACCGGGAGGAUUCUAGGGUUCAAGAAGAUUCUCAAGUUCUGUGAAAAGGAGAUGAAAGGAUCAGAGGAAGAGGAAGAGCAGAUCAUCUGGGUCAUGGAGGAGUACAGGCUCGCCGAUAAACGGAAGCAAGAUCAAGUGAUUUGCAAGAUUAGGUUUUCGCUACAGCCAGAGGUUACUUCCUUGCUCGCCAAGCAAUUCUCGUUUAUCCCUAAAAUACCCUUUUCUCGUAAAAAAUUCAUGCCGAGGUGGGAUCUCUGUAUACACGUACGAACGGAUGAGAUCAUCUCGUAUCAUCUGAAGAUGUGUGUGGAUAAGCGAAACGAUUGGCCUAGCCAUUUCCUCCAAAGCGAGCAAGUGUACGGUGUGGCACCAUGGAUGAUUGUAGAUACUGAUCAAAGCUCUGUGGAUCUAAUAGAGGGAUCUUACUUCUUCACUAACCGCACAGAGAGAUCUGGUCGAAGGGACGGAUGUGAAGAAGGUUGCUGGAGGAUCAUGAGACGUGAUAGAGUGAUCGUGUCGAAGAGAAACAAGGUUCUAGGGUUCAAGAGGAUGUUCAAGUUCUGCGUCAAGGAGGAUAAAACAGAACCGGUUUACAAGUUUUGGGGAGAUGAGAAGUAUGACGUGAAUGAGGAAAAGGUGACUUGGGUAAUGGAAGAGUAUAGGCUGGCUAAGAAGAAGGAGCAAGGUAAAGUAAUUUGCAGGAUUUGCCUUCUCUUCCAAUGUCUACUAAAGCGUCAAGUUCUAGAUUUCUAA